AUGGACGAUCAUACCGAUCAUAUUAUCCACUAUGAGAGGCUAAGGAACAUUGCUGGAGUUAAGUUCCCGGUUGAGCGAGAUCUCGUUGUGCCCUAUUUUCAUCCUAGACUGCUUCCAUUGUCCCAAUAUUACAAUAAGACUAUCAAUGUUUUCAUCAAAGACAUAGAGUCUUGCUUGGCGAUAUCGAUUAAGCUAUAUAAGUACUAUAAUCAUCAAUCAAACUGUGGUCCCUAUCUAACAUUAUGGUUUCUAAACAAUCCUGUUAAUAAGGUGAAGAUAGUAGGCUGCGUAAUAGGAAGUAGUUCGCGCAGGAAAGAUGGGGAGGAGAUUCUGUUGCUGAGGAUAGAUGAUUGUACAGGGACAAUAUGGUGCCAAAUGGUGAAUGAUGGCUCCAUAUGUGCAUUACGUGAAGGAUUAUAUGGAUUUACUGUGGCGGUUACCGGUUAUUUGGAAUUGGCAAAUACGAUAACGGUUACUGGAGCCUCAUACACAAUUAUGGCUGAUAAAAUCACUGUCGUUCCAAGUCUUCGAGAUGAGGUUCAAUUCUGGGAAAUAACUACUUUGUGUAGGGAAGAACUGCAUCGCCUAUGGGAGCUGGAUAUAAUAGUUGUGAACAGGUUUUAUACAUCAACAAAUCAAUAUGAAAGCAGUUCUCUUUCAGAAUGCUCAGAAGUGGACUUAAUUAGUGAUGCUGUGAGUGAAUGGCAAAUUUCAAGUCCAUAUCGGUGCGAUAGCGGUUAUAGUGAGCGUAUAAGUAGUGCAGAUUCUAGAGCUGAGACGGAAAACGAUCCUGGUUUCAAGUAUCAACAACUAAAGACCUAUUCACAGCCCAAUAUCCAGGUAAGAUAUACAUUAAACCAGUACAAAAUAUAUUUGAUCGAGUGGUUUUUGGAAAAUAUCGAUGUGCCCCAGAUACCAUACUAUGAACCUUACGAGAAUGCGAUGGUCUUAUCUCAAAUUCUGGAGGCAAUAGCCACUGUGCGUUUCUACAACAGUUCAGGAAAGACUAAGACGAUCAAGGAAAUUAAAAUGGAACUAUAUGAUACCUCUAUAGUGUAUUUUGAAUCGAUGGGAAUUAUCGGUAUUGCUGGUGAGCAGAAACACCUUAUAGUGAAACUUAAGAAAUUAAAGGAAUUCAUCACAAGUAGGAUUGGAACGUGGACCAAGCUGCAAUUGGCAUCAGGAAAGGUUUUUUACAAGCAUGUAAGAGAUAGGUCAGGUCUUGGAAACCUUACAAAGAAGUUCAUCUUAAUGCUAGUAAAAGCGAUACUUCGACAUUAUUUAUCAAAAUCGAAUGUAAAAAUAAGCGACUGGUUUAUGGAGACACCAGCGCCGGAAUAUAUACUACUAAGGCUAAAUUACAAUAGCACCGAGAUCUGA